AGAUUGAUACUUUUAAAGCACAGUCAAUGAGGCCACGUGAGCACUUGUAAGUAGCCUAGUGUCCUGUGGGAAGUCAAAGUGCUGCCAGCUGCUGAGCUUCGGUGCCAAAACACAACCUAUUCAGGCCUAUAUGCUGUAAUCCUAGCAGGCCUCAACUCAUCAACUCGCUGCAGAUGAAUGGUGUCCAUGGUGGGCUCCAGUGUCCCCUGUGCGUCUGUCCCUCUGAGCAGCAGCGCCCUCCCUCCGCGCGCACUCCGUAGUUGAGGAUGAAGACGAAGAACAUCAGGACCCUCUCCCUCAUUCUCUCCAUAGUUUUCUACCUGCUCAUUGGAGCCGCCGUCUUUGACGCACUGGAGUCGGACAGUGAGAGUUCAAAGAAAAGGGCGCUGGAGCAGAAGCUGAACGAGCUGAAGAAAAAGUACGGCUUCGCCGAGGAUGACUACAGGGAGAUUGAGAGGGUGGUCCUUCAGUCGGAGCCGCACCGCGCCGGGAGGCAGUGGAAGUUCGCCGGCUCCUUUUAUUUUGCCAUCACUGUCAUCACCACAAUUGGUUAUGGCCAUGCCGCUCCACGCACUGAUGCUGGGAAGACCUUCUGCAUGUUUUACGCUGUCUUGGGCAUUCCUCUGACGCUGGUCAUGUUCCAGAGCCUGGGGGAGAGGAUCAACACUUUUGUCCGCUACCUUCUGUGCAGAGCCAAGCAGGGCCUGGGCUUACGGAAGACCCAGGUGUCCAUGGGGAACAUGGUCCUAGUGGGUUUGCUCUCAUGCAUGAGCACCCUGUGCAUCGGAGCUGCAGCCUUCUCGCACUUUGAGGACUGGACUUUCUUCAAUGCCUAUUACUACUGCUUUAUCACACUCACCACCAUUGGAUUCGGAGAUUUUGUGGCCCUGCAGAAGAAAGAUGCUCUCCAGAAACGACCCCCCUAUGUGGCAUUUAGCUUCAUGUACAUUUUGGUUGGGCUGACAGUCAUUGGGGCUUUUCUUAACCUGGUGGUCCUGAGGUUUCUCACUGUAAGCACUGAGGAGCCUGACAUGAGGCCGGAGGCAGGGGGAGAGGAGCAUGGAAGGCAGCCUAAGGACAAGCAGGGGGACAUAGAGUUGUCGGAAGUAGAAACUGCUGAUGCUGGAUAUAAAGUCAGCAAAGAAAGACACGGCAGCCUGUACAACCUAAGUCUUCCCAUGGAGGGGGGCACCAGCUGUCUGAAUCUCCUCUCCUCUCCCCUAGAGGAGCGCAGACUUGUUUUAUCUGAGCACUCGAAGCCCAGCAGAUUCAGGGUCUUGUUCUCCUGCAUGUGCUGUGGCCUGGACAUUUACAACAGCCCCUCUCCUCCUCACUGUGACCAGGCAGGCGGCCAUAGUAACCCCGUCUUUUACAACUCCAUCUCCUACAGGGUGGACCAAGCCUUGUGCAGCUCGUGCACUAUGUCGUCACAGGCCUCCCCAAGCAGCGUAGCCCUCUGUUUGGGAAAGAACAAACUUCACACCAGGAGGAAGUCAUUCUAACUCUCUGCACUUUUGACUUGUCUCAGUGGCCUUUGUUUUGGACUUUUUGUACACACCACAGAACAGGUAAAAUGCAGCAUUACUGGCUGUCAAUUAAAAUGCAACAUGUUAUAAGAAUCCUUUAAAGUUUAUAAUGUAUUUUUCUACAAUCAAUAUUACUGCAAAAAAGGUACAAAAAAUAAGAAACUAAUGUUUUCCACUAUUAUUAUCCCAAUAUACUGUAUGUUAUAUAAAAGGUAUCUACAGGAAGUGUGUGAUCAACUAGCAGAAAACGCAACAUGUGCCUCAUUAUCUGUGUUCAUAUUUUAGGUCUCAGACUUUCUGCAGUGUUGUCUCCUGUGACCUUCAUUUAUUUCCAGUCACUAAUUAUCAGUGUCUUCUAUAAGCUACAUACCCUCUGUCGCUUUGGCUGGUUCCCUAGGUAACGUUUCCAUCCUCAGUGCAGUGGAAAAGUGGAGACGGACACGUACAGGGAGCACUGAGUGGUGACUGUCUGAAGACAGCAUCCGGUCAAACUGGGAAUCCCAGGCUGCGUCGUAUGUGAUGAAUGAGUGUGUCAACAACAAUGAAUGAAAUAUGAGCUGUUGCACUAAAAAAAUGGAAAAUCUC